CGCCAUUCCGCCUUCCCUGCUUCUCUCGCGCCCAACCCAACCCCCCAACCCUCCGACAUGAAGAGCAUGCUCCGUCCUCGCGUUGCCGACCUGGAGGAAUCUACCAUGCCUUUGCCGACGCUUUCCUCGCGCAAUUCCUUCUCUGGAACCUUUAUCAAGCGGGCCUCCUUCUCAGAGCCGCCGCCCGAGCUCUCCUCGUCCAGGCCUCCUGUCACGGUCAUGCUUGCUGCGGUCCUGACGGCGAUUGCGACAGCGGGAACGUGCGUUUAUGCGGUCCGGGCCUCGGCCGUGGCUGCCAGCGAGGUGCGGUCAGACCUCGACCGGCUGCAGAGGAGCGUGGCCGAUUUGGUUGCGGCGCAGUCGCGGCAGCGGGAGGUGCUGCAGCAGCAGCUGGCAGCGCUUCAGUCACAGCAGGUGGAGCACCGCAAGGAGCUCGCCGAGCAGAGGAAAGAGAUCGCUGGCGCGCCCUCCGCUCUCGCAGCACGCCUCGCGCCGACGCUUGAGAAGAUCACGCGCGGGCUGGAGGAGGCUGGAGAGUCCGAGGGCGAUGCCGCCUCGGAGUUGGCUCCGAUCGGUCGCCUCGUCGACAGCAUAGAUCAGAAGGUCCUCUCCCUCGACCGGCGCGUCUUCGAGCGCCUCGAGGCGAUAGAGGGCCUCGUCCAGCGGACCGGCGCCGACAGCUCCAUCGCUGUGGAGCGUGCCGCGCAGGGCGCUGCCGCCGCAACCGCCGCCCGCGCGGAGCGGGGCUGGUCGGUCGGCAGCCGGAGUGAGCAGCAGCCUCAGACCCCGGCCAGCAGCAGCAGCGGGACGGUGCAGGUCACCUUCCGCGUCAUGGGCGGCUCGUCGCACACCGGCGCAAAGCUGUACUGGCUCGGCCAGGGGCCGCGCGCGGACGGCAACUACUCCGAGGUGUACUACUCCGAGAUCCCUCGGGGGAUGCAGAGCGAGGCGACGACCCGGCCGGGCGAGUGCUGGAGAGCGCGCGACGCGGAGGACAACACCCCGCUCCUCGACGCCAAGUUCCUCGACGACGUCUUCUGUGCGACUAUCGAGCCGAUGCAGGAAGCGAUCAUCAUGUGAGCGACGGGCGCGUGGGUGGCGUGUGGCGCGUGUGGCGUGUGGCGAUAGAUCGCGUUUGGGGGACAACACCCCAGUGACACUCUCCGCACAGUAGUGACGUCAAAUGCGUCCGCCUGGAAUACAGAAUACUAUCGCGGUAAUCAGCCUGUCAAUCUACAAUCACAUGACCAAUGGCGGGCUCCCG